CCAUGAUGGCGUCUCACCUCAUUCAUCAUCAACAUCGACAGACAUUCGCUGUUGACCGGCGGUGUUCUCCCACCUUUGCUCUAUUCCGGCCCAAAAUUCACGCUCGUUAACAGCACUGGACGAUUUGCACAAAGCCGGAUAAACCUGCAUACCAGCGGCGGCCGCUGUGGACCCGCUUCUCCCUGAAAUAUGAAGACCAACACCCUCUUUUCAGCAGCCUGCUGUGCUGUUCUGCCCGCCGCCCACGCUAUACAACUCAGCUUGGAUAGCCCGCAAUCGAUUCGAGAUGCUUCAGCGAAAAUCACAGAGAAGAUGGUUGCGUGGUACCAAGGAAACUCGUUUCAAAUACCGGGACUUCUUCCAGGACCGUACUACUGGUGGGAGUCGGGCGCGAUGUUUGGAUCUUUGAUCGAUUACUGGUAUUACACGGGCGACGAGCAGUACAACGCAUUGGUGACUGAAGGGUUAUUGUUCCAGGUCGGUCCUGAUGCGAACUUCAUGCCUCCAAAUCAAUCGAAAUCGCUAGGAAACGAUGAUCAAGCAUUCUGGGGCAUCGCAGCAAUGUCAGCCGCAGAAUACAACUUCCCCAACCCACCCGAAGACCAACCCCAAUGGCUCGCUCUCGCCCAAGCAGUCUUCAACUCCCAAGCCGUCCGCUGGGACACAAACGCCUGCGGCGGAGGACUCAAAUGGCAAAUUUUCACUUUCAACAACGGCUACAACUACAAAAACGCAAUUUCAAACGGCUGUUUCUUUAACCUCGGAGCCCGAUUGGCAAUGUACACGAAAAACACCACUUUCUCCGAAUGGGCGGAUCGAACUUGGGAUUGGUCGCGCAGUAUCGGAAUGAUUAGCGAUGAUUAUCAUGUCUAUGAUGGUUCUGAUGAUAAACUGGAUUGUCGCGAGUUGAACCAUUUUCAAUGGUCUUACAAUGCCGGAGUGUACCUCAAUGCCGCAGCUGUGAUGUGGAAUAUUACAGCGAAUGGGGCGGAUGAGGCGAAGUGGCGAGAACGUGUGCAAGGCAUGUUGGAUGCGAUUAUUAGGAUUUUCUUCAAGGGGAGUGAUAUUAUGAUUGAAGUGGCGUGCGAGGAUUCGAGGAACUGCAAUAUUGAUCAGCAGACUUUUAAGGCGUAUUUGAGUCGGUGGAUGGCGGCUACUGUGAAGGUUGCGCCUUGGACGCAUGAUAUUGUUAUGCCGUUGAUGUCGGCUUCGGCGAUUGCUGCUGCUGCGUCGUGCUCCGGUGGCUCAGAUGGCGAAACUUGCGGAACGAAAUGGACGACAGGAGAGUGGGAUGGAGCUUUCGGAGUCGGACAGCAGAUGAAUGCUCUGGAAGUCAUCCAAGCCAACUUGAUCGACCAAGUGAGCGGUCCUGUUGGCAACGGCACAGGAGCUACUUCGGUCGGAGACCCCAAUGCCGGUACAAGAGGCGACAACGAUAUCGCUGAGCCAUCUGAUAUCACGACAGCUGAUCGUGCUGGCGCUGGUAUUCUUACCGCGUUAGUGUUGGUGGCUUUGGGGACGGGCUCUUACUUUAUGGUUCUUUAGUGUUUGUACACAAGCAAAAUUGUAUUGUACAUGAAGCAAAGUCUUUUGAUGAUGGCGUCUGUAUGGACGGAGCUUGAACUAGGUUGCAUGCCGGUGUGCAUAUGAAGAUCCGGAACAUGCCACUUUGGUGGGAGCUGCCAGCUGCCUUUCCCUCCCUUCCGUGGCUUUGAGAAACCGCGGACCGGGAUGGACUGUUUGGUGAGCUGUCACAGCGUGGACAGCUACAGGUUUUGAAGGUCAGGAGACGUCUGAAGGUGUUUUGACUGACGCUGAGGGUCAUGAAAGCGGAUGCGAUUGCUCUUCCU